AUGUCGGAGUCAUUCUAUACCUCGUCGCCAACUGGGACUGGGCUGCCCAUGGUGCCAAUCUCGCCACCGCCUCCGACAUCACCGACCAGCGUCGUUGGUGCACCGCCUCCCCCGCCUCCGCCAAAGCCCAUAUCUCAUCUCUCCCAGACUGCCGACCCCAGCCGCUCUGCAACUCCGAUUCUUUCGUCGGCACCUGUUACCGCUGGGCCUGCUCCGGCUGUGCCCAACAAAGUCGACUCUCCUCGCCCGCAGCCACCACUGCCGAUCGAACAGCAUGCAAGAAGCUCCCCUGUUCCGGGCCUGCAGGCGCACUCAUCAAUACCACCCCAGGAGCCCUACCAACCUAUUCCUCCACCGUCCAUCUCCGAACGCUGGCUUCCACCAAAUGUCGCUAAUAAACCUCUCAAUGAGCUCCAAUCCUUGCUCAAUAAUCCCUCCCUGGUCGCCAGCCUAGCCUCCCAGCACCCCUCUUAUGCCUCUUCACUCGUCCCUUUGGAGAGGGCCAUCCAGCAGAACGUUCAGCUCGCCCAGCAAGUUGCCCACAUUGAGAGCCAACUGCGCGCCCUGCGUGAUGACACUGCUCAGUUGCUCCUAAACCACACAAGUCUGCAGACGCAGUGGCGGAGAAAACAGACCGAGAUGGACGAUGCUUUGGCACCUUGGGGCCCGAGACAGAUGUAUCAGCGGUUGGCCUCGAGCAUAAACGAGCAGGAAGCGAUCUUAAAGGCUAUGCAAGAGAGUUUCCUUGAGGGUGGGACUGCUGACAAUGCGCAUUAUGGAGGCACCAACGACGGCAAGGCAAGCGAAAAGGAGGUCACCGAGUGGGUGAGGAGGAUAAGAGAAGGUGCAACGACGUUGGAAAAGAGAAGAGAAAUGCGAGCACGGUGGGAUGAGGGAAGAGUGGGCGGUUGGAGGUGA